UUUGACCUACCCAGAGCACCAAAAUGGCGUCGCUCCUGGUGAGGGGAGGUCGCCCGCUCCUUCGCAAAAAUGUGCUUCAAACUCUCGCAAGAUGCCAAGUGGCAGCCCUAAAAACUGGCGCUGGCGGAGACAAAAGCACAACGGCUGAAGUGGGGGAAGGAGAGAAGAAGCUACAUCUUCCCUUGGGAGAGACGAUAGUGAGACGAGGUGACCGUCCUGGAGACAUCAAAGAUGAGGACAUCAACUGGGAAUGGAGAGGUUUCAGCGAUGACCCUGUGGAAGAUAUGAAAAACCACAGAGCAAUCUUCUUCUGGGGUAUCUCUGUUUGCCUGGUGCUUGUGCCCCUCUAUCUUUACUACUCACCGGAAAGACACAUGCGUGCCUGGGUGAAGAGAGAAGGGAAGAUGCAGUAUGCACGGCGACUACGGGAAGGCGUACCGCUCAUAGACCCCAACGUAGUUGACCCAGCAAAGGUCAUCCUGCCACCAGAAGAGGAGGUCCCAGACCCACUGUACAAUUUCUGAGAAGCUAUUUCCUGAUGACAUAGUUUAUAAACCCUUGAAUUAUUCUAUCUGUGAUAGUUGUUUUUGGAAGGUCCACAAAACUCUCGUUGUUUUGCGACAUUACAUACUUGAUAAUUACACAUGUUUGACACACCAUCAGCACCAUGCACGUAUACUGUAAGAUUUUGCUGGAAGUACAAUUCAUUGAACCUUGAUCCCCACAACUGAUGGAUAUGAAAGUCAAUAUGCACACAACCAAAAUGGGUAGUCUUCUUUUGAGUGUGUACAGAGUUUGAUGUGACUCGUUUUCACCUGUCUGGCAUAAAAACAAACCCCCUGUAGCCCCAUCUUAUAGUUUUCAAGCCUAUUGUGUCAAGAUUGGUGAAGUAACCAAAUAAGUGUGCAGUGACAUGUAGAGAUCUGUUAAAUGUUAUGUUUGUGAAACUAAUUGAGAGGAAAUACAUGCCUACAAAAACAACCUAUUGCCUA